UUGGCCUCAUCUCUGAUCUGUCCCUCCUGCCUCUGCUGCUGUCACAUCUCUCUCCUGCCUCUGACACUGUGAGAUCUCAUCAGCAGGAUGCCUGAGCACAUGCAAGAGAGGAAACCAAAGAUCUCAGCCUCAAGGAAGCUGAUGCUCAAGAGUCUGAUGGUGGCAAAGGCCAAGGAGGAACUGGAACAGGAGAUCGUGGUUAAAGAGGAGGAGAAACAGAACUAUCUGUCAGAGAGAGCUCCUCCUCUAAACACCAGCGGCAUGAGCCUUGCUCAGCUACAGGACCUCUGCAGAGAGCUCCAUGCCAAGAUAGAUGUGGUGGAUGAGGAGCGAUACGACAUUGAAGCCAAAGUCAUGCUCAACACACGUGAGAUUAAAGACCUGAACAUCAAGGUGUUGGACCUCAGGGGGAAAUUCAAGAGGCCUAAUCUUCGUCGUGUUCGUGUGUCUGCUGACGCCAUCCUCCGCUCGCUUCUGGGGUCCAAGCACAAAGUUUCCAUGGACCUCCGGGCCAACCUCAAGUCUGUCAAGAAAGAGGACACUGAGAAGAAGAGGCCAGUAGAGGACAGUGACUGGAGGAAGAACGUGGAGGCCAUGUCAGGGAUGGAGGGCAGGAAGAAGAUGUUUGAUGCUGCUAAGGGUCCCGCCCAGUGAACCCAGAAGAUGGCGGGCUGAUGUCAUGUGAGCGACAUCACUGCUCCUGCAUCUAAAUCAAUUUUGUUUUCCAAUGGUCUAUCAACAGCUUCUGCAUCUCUGUUUUAUGCAGUCAUUCUUUUUAUGCUCCUGCCAUGGAGGUCUCCUUAGUCCUGAAAGGUUUUCUCCACUUUCCUCAAGAACAGACGUUUUGCUGGCCAUUAAUGUGUUUUUUAAAAAUAACUUCUCAUUACUAAUAUUGCACCUGAACCCCAAAAAUGUAUGCUUAGGUUUGUACAGCAAAGUUACAAAAGGCAGCUUGAAUUUCUUUAAGACCGUUGUGGAUAGUCUUGUAACCUAAUAAGCAUGGCUAAUGAUAUUAUAGCCAAUAAGUAUGUCACUUGGCCAAAUUAAACCGCAUCCUUGAUAUUCUUGCUCUGAUAAACUGUAAGCAUGGCCUAUGGUUUUGUGAACUGUAACAAAAUGAUUUGCACUUCUUCUGCUGGAUUUACAACAAUAAUAAAACACAAAUAAUGUAUCUUCA